AUGUUGGGCCCUAAAGGGUCUCCAUACGAAAAGGGUUCGUUUAAGCUCAUCGUAAACAUACCAAAACGGUAUCCAUUUGAACCACCUCUUGUAAAGUUUGUAACACCAGUUUAUCAUCCAAAUAUUGACAAAGAGGGCCGAAUUUGUAUGGACAUGUUGAAAAUGCCUCCGAAAGGUGCUUGGCUUCCCACAAUCACAUUAGAAACUCUCUUAGUGUCCCUACAGACUCUGCUUGCAAAUCCCAAUCCACAUGACCCCUUAAUGAUGGAUGUGGCACAUGAAUAUAAAGUAGACAUAGAGACAUUUCAAGAAAAGGCCCGAAGAUUAACACAGAAAUACGCUACAGGGUUCCAGGGCAAAGAAAGCCAG